GAUGCCGCCCGCCGGCGCUGCCCGCGCCAAUUGGGUGUUCCGUGCAUGGAGGAUUUCCUCCCCUCCCGGCUGCGGGAGUCAUGAAGGCAUGCUCGGCUGCGCUUGAAAGUUUGCCAACCAGCAGCUAGGUUUAAUUUCUUUAAGGAUCUGGGGAGAAGGGGGGCGGGGGCUGGAGGGGGACCGUUUCCAAGCAUGGGAGACAGGCUGCCGGAGCCUCACGCCAGCUCUUCCCCUGCUGUGGCUGCCAGCUCGGAGGCGGAAGAAAUCGAGGUGCUGGACUCCGAAGAUGUCCUACCUAUGGCCGCAGAGGAUCACUGGAAAGUCCUAUUUGAUCAGUUUGAUCCUGACAACACUGGCUACAUCAGCACUGAGAAGUUCCGCUCCCUUCUGCAGAGGCACGGCUCGGAGCUGGACCCCCACAAGCUGGAGGUCCUGCUAGCCCUGGCAGACAGCAACUCUGAGGGGAGGAUCUGCUACCAGGACUUCGUCAACCUGAUGAGCAACAAAAGGUCCAACAGCUUCCGCCAGGCCAUCCUGCAGGGGAACAGGCGGCUGUGCAGCAAGGCCCUGCUGGAGGAGACGGGGCUGAGCCUGUCGCAGAGGCUGAUCCGGCACGUGGCGUACGAGACGCUCCCGCGGGAGAUCGACCGCAAGUGGUACUACGACAGCUACACCUGCUGCCCCCCGCCCUGGUUCAUGAUCACCAUCACUAUCGUGGAGGUUGCCUUUUUUCUUUAUAAUGGAGUGGUCUUAGACAGAUUUGUGCUGCAAGUCAGCCACCCCUUGUACCUGAAGAAUGCAUUACUGUACCAUCCCCAGCUUCGGGCCCAGGCGUGGAGGUACCUAACCUACAUAUUCAUGCAUGCAGGGAUAGAACACCUUGGGCUCAAUGUUGUCCUGCAGCUCUUGGUUGGGGUUCCUCUGGAAAUGGUGCACGGAGCUGCGAGGAUCAGUUUUGUGUACGUUGCAGGAGUUGUGGCAGGGUCCUUGGCAGUGUCAGUGGCUGACAUGAGGGCGCCGGUGGUGGGCUCCUCUGGAGGUGUGUAUGCUCUUGUCUCUGCUCACCUGGCCAAUAUUGUGAUGAACUGGUCAGGAAUGAAGUGCCAAUUCAAACUGCUGCGCAUGGCUGUUGCCUUGAUCUGUAUGAGCUUUGAAUUUGGAAGAGCCGUGUGGCUGCGAUUCCACCCCUCUGCUUACCCCCCAUGCCCCCACCCCAGCUUCAUGGCUCACCUGGGAGGGGUGAUGGUUGGAAUCACCCUUGGUGUUAUCAUCCUGAGGAACUAUGAGCAGAGACUCCAAGAUCAGACUUUAUGGUGGAUCUUCCUUUCUAUUUACGUCAUUUUUGUCUUGUUUGCCAUCUUCUGGAAUAUUUUUGCCUACAGUCUCUUGGAUCUAAAGCUACCUCCCCCUCCUUGAAAACAUGGGACAGCAAACUGGAGAGCAGAAGUCAUCUGUCAGCUGUGUUAAAUGAAUGAAGAUGGAGGAUUUAUUUUUGUAUUUAACUUGGGAGGAUGAUUCUUCUGAACACACAAGUGUGCUGGAGGAGGUGCUUAAAGAUCUCAUGAAAGAAUGGGCUGAUCAGUUUGUUCACAAAUCCAGCAGUUUCUGUAACUCUGGCUGGCCGUGCCCUGCAGUUUCUGCCCUGCACCUGGGCACUGACUGCUUGGGUUGUUAUCACACAUCAAUCUUUUCUAUGAAAUAUUUGUAUUUUUCAGGUCAGUGCUGGAAUUAUGGCCAAUUGUUCAGUGAAUUUCCUCUGUGUUACUGAACACUAAAAGGGAAAAAGAGCAGACAUUUACUAAUUAGAGAUUCAAAUGGUACUCCAAGGCAGCUUGAGUCUGGUUUCUUUGGACACGUCUGACUGUUCAGCCGUACCAGUGCCACUGUCUAAUUACUUGAAUGGUUCCUAAGGUAUUUUAGCCUCUGCUGAAACUUGUCUUGCACAACUUUCAAAAGAAUCAGCAGAACUUGAUCACACAAAGUGAUGGAGACUGGUCUUCAACCACAGGUCAAACGAAAUUGCACUAUAAACAUUGUGAAUCUUAGAGUGUUGUGGAUACCCAGCCAGAAGUGACUUUUCCUGAGCAUGUUCCACUUGAUUUUAAUUAAUUAUUCCCCCCCUUCC